AUGGCUUUCAAAACCAAUUUCUUGCUUCCCUUGGUACUUAUGUUUGCUGUCCCUCUAAUGGUUAAUGCCUUUGUUUGGAAUGUUGGUGAUGCUGCUGGUUGGUCCGGUCAGGCUCAAUAUGAUUACCAUUAUUGGGCUCUGGGACCGGCUUUUCUGGUUGGUGAUGACAGUCUCCGUUUCGUCUAUGAUCGUAACACUACUAAUGUCUUAGAAGUGACUUCUGCUGAUUACAUAUCAUGUAACGCAACAUCCCCACUCGCUGCUUACAACACCGGGAACGAUACGAUUCCAAUAACAAAAAAAGGAUAUCAGUAUUUUAUUAGUGGUAAUUCUGUUGACUGCAAUAACGGUUUGAAGGUUGAUAUCUGGGCUUCAAAUUCAUCAUAUGUUAGGUUUUGGCGGUCAGGCCCAGCCUUUGGCCCCGAUGGCUAUAUCAACGUACCUGAUUUUGAUUGA